AUGGUCUUUGCCAUGUCCAAAUUUCCCUACGAUAGGAUUCCAGACGUCAUUACUCUCCCUGUAGGACGCACGAAAGAGAGUAGAGAUUCAACUCAAAGUCUGUCUCCAGUCAUGGCAGAGUUAGACACGCUAUUAGAUGCCUACUUUCUCGGGGGCUACCUCCAAGAUAUCAAGUACAAAGAUACGGCUAUCAACAUAUCAGCGAACAGAACUGUUUGGACUGUUCCCGCCAACAGUGCGCUCGGUGUAGAGAAUAAUCAUAAGCCUUUGUGGGACCGGGCGAGAGGCCACAACAUUUUGAUUGAUUUCUUUGCAGAUGCGGCCCAGGGCCUUGCUUUUCGACUUGCAACUAGCCGUCCAAUGAACCCACCAUACAUCAAGAGAAGGGUACAUGUCACUACCAAUGCUAUGGAGAAGGCAUGUGCCACAAAGCCAACUAGGACAAGUGAAGGGUCACUAAGGUCCGUUUCAUGA